UUCCAAUCGAAAACAUAAUCAUGAGAGCGAAACUGAAAUUAGACCGGCCAAUUUGGCUAUUGUGUUUUUUACUCUUUCGUGGUGUAUACGCCAAUUUUAAUUGCCCAGGCAAAGGGCGUUUUUUGGAUCCAUUAAGUGAUUGUUUAAGAUAUUUUUUCUGUUACGAAGACAAUGGUGAACUUGUGUAUGUUACGUUUAAAUGUCCAGACGAUCAACUCUACAGUGUUGAAGAAACAAGAUGUGUAACGGCAUCUAACUUGGAAUGCAAAGAAAUAACGGGAGCAACCCUUAUUCCACCAGAUGCAGAGAUUGAACCAAUUAAGGAUUUCCUUUGUACCGCUGAAGGAAAAUACGUCAACGAUUUUGACAAAGAUUGUAAAAGUUACAUUACUUGUACGCGGAUAUCAGGCCACAGCUACACUAUGAGUCUUCACUACUGUCCAACAGAAACAAUAUUUUCUCAUAUCAUUUUUGAGUGUGUUUCUAAUAAAGAAUUCCAGUGUCCCAGAAAUUCGGAGAACACCACCUCUUCCACACAUUCACCCACCUCGACUUUAGAACCAAUCACAGAAGAUGAAUCUUCAAGCAGUGGUUCAGAAACAGCCACAGAAUUCGAAACGACUACUUCAGCUGUCACUACUCCACAACAAUCUUCAAGCAAAGAUCCGGAAACAACUAGUGACAGAGAACUUACAGAAACGACCCCGACUGCGACUACUGCAGAAACAUCAUCAAGCAAUGAGCCAGAUACAACAGUGACAAAGGUCGAAUCAACUACUUCACCUGCGACUACAACAACAGAAGCAUCGUCAAGUACUGAGCCAACAACAGUCACAGAUCCAGAUACAACUGUUACAGAUGUCGAAUCAACUACUUCACCUGCGACUACUACCACCGAAGCAUCAUCAAAAGCAUCGUCAAGUACUGCGCCAGAUACAACUGUUACAGAUGUCGAACCAACUACUUCACCUGCGACUUCUACCACCGAAGCUUCGUCAAGUGCUGAGCCAGAUACGACAGUCACAGAUGUCGAAUCAACUACUACACCAGCGACUACUACCGCAGAAGCAUCGUCAACAGAUACGACAGUCACAGAUGUCGAAUCAACUACUUCACCUGCGACUACUACCACCGAAGCAUCGUCAAGUGCUGAGCCAGAUACAACUGUUACAGAUGUCGAAUCAACUACUUCACCUGCGACUACUACCACCGAAGCAUCAUCAAGUAGUGCGCCAGAUACAACUGUUACAGAUGUCGAAUCAACUACUUCACCUGCGACUACUACCACAGAAGCAUCGUCUAGUGCUGAGCCAGAUACGACAGUCACAGAUGUCGAAUCAACUACUUCACCUGCGACUACUACCACCGAAGCAUCGUCAACUGCUGAGCCAGAUACAACUGUUACAGAUGUCGAAUCAACUACUUCACCUGCGACUACUACCACCGAAGCAUCAUCAAGUAGUGCGCCAGAUACAACUGUUACAGAUGUCGAAUCAACUACUUCACCUGCGACUACUACCACAGAAGCAUCGUCUAGUGCUGAACCAGAUACGACAGUCACAGAUGUCGAAUCAACUACUUCACCUGCGACUACUACCACAGAAGCAUCGUCAAGUACUGCGCCAGAUACAACUGUUACAGAUGUCGAACCAACUACUUCACCUGCGACUUCUACCACCGAAGCUUCGUCAAGUGCUGAGCCAGAUACGACAGUCACAGAUGUCGAAUCAACUACUUCACCUGCGACUACUACUACAGAAGCUUCGUCAAGUACUGCGCCAGAUACAACUGUUACAGAUGUCGAAUCAACUACUUCACCUGCGACUACUACCACAGAAGCAUCGUCAAGUACUGCGCCAGAUACA